UGGGAGGUGUCCGCUCGAUUUGUGUGGACGCCGCCGCGGGAACGCGAGCCGGUAAUUUUUCGACGGAGAAAGGCGAGGCUUUUGGACUUGGCCGAGUGAGAGUGAGUGUCAGGCUCCAGCAGGUCUCUUCUUACUUGAUACCCGGCAUGGAGGAUGAGCAGAGCAAACAGCCUGGCGGCGAGGCCGUGGCUCCCGCGCGGCAGCAGUCGCCGCGGUCGGAGUCCGGGGAGGAGCGGCAGCAUCCGCAUCCCGAGAAAAAGCAACGAUGUCGAUUUGAUGGCCAAGAAACAAAAGGAUCUAAGUUCAUUACCUCCAAUUCCAGUGAUUUCAGUGACCCAGUUUAUAAAGAGAUUGCUAUUACGAAUGGCUGCAUUAAUAGAAUGAGUAAGGAAGAACUCAGAGCUAAACUUUCAGAAUUCAAGCUUGAAACCAGGGGAGUAAAGGAUGUACUAAAGAAGAGGCUGAAAAACUAUUAUAAGAAGCAGAAGCUGAUGUUGAAAGAAGGCAAUUGUGCUGACAGUUAUUAUGACUACAUUUGUAUUAUUGACUUCGAAGCCACUUGUGAAGAGGGUAACCCCCCUGAAUUCAUACAUGAAAUAAUUGAAUUUCCUGUUGUUUUACUGAAUACUCAUACCUUAGAAAUAGAAGAUACGUUUCAGCAGUAUGUGAGACCAGAGAUUAACACACAACUUUCUGAUUUCUGCAUCAGUCUAACUGGAAUUACUCAGGAUCAGGUAGACGAAGCUGAUACCUUCCCUCAGGUACUGAAGAAAGUAAUUGACUGGAUGAAAGUGAAGGAAUUAGGAACAAAGUAUAAAUAUUGUAUAUUAACAGAUGGUUCAUGGGAUAUGAGUAAGUUCCUGAACAUUCAGUGCCAGCUAAGCAGGCUCAAAUAUCCUCCUUUUGCUAAAAAGUGGAUCAAUAUUCGCAAGUCAUAUGGAAACUUUUACAAGGUUCCUAGAAGCCAAACCAAACUAACAAUAAUGCUUGAAAAACUAGGAAUGGAUUAUGAUGGGCGGCCUCACAGUGGUCUUGAUGACUCGAAGAACAUUGCCCGAAUAGCAGUUCGAAUGCUUCAGGAUGGAUGUGAACUCCGAAUUAAUGAGAAAAUUCAUGCAGGACAGCUAAUGAGUGUGUCCUCCUCACUACCAAUAGAGGGCACUCCACCUCCACAAAUGCCACAUUCUAGAAAAUAGCUUUUUUGCCCUUUGGCUCAUGGAUUAUUCACUCUAACUGGAGUUGCUACAAUGAGGUAGCAGAUGAAUACUUAUUGAAUUAGUCUUGCGGUGUAAAAUUUAAGCACCUUAAACAUUUAAAAUCUUAUUAACAAUUAUAGAUACAUAUAUGUAUGUGAACAGAUUCUCUGGGGAGGGCAUGUUGAAUUAUUUGUCACCAGCACUUUUGAUAUGAGCAGCAUUUGUUACACAGUAACACUUCCUGCUUAGAAACGAAUUUUAUAAUUUAAGGUGUCCAAGAUAUGAUCCAUUUGGUUUUAAAUGCAAAAGUUUAUUGGCUCUCACUUUGAAUGUCAUCUCUUAUUGAUGUUAAAAUAUACAGUGUAUUUCUACAUUAACAUCAUUAGAUCAAAUCCUUUCUUAAAAUGAAGAUUGGAAGGUGGGACUUUGGGUUUUAAGAAUACUAUAGUUCUUUUGAUUUUUGAAGUUUAUAUGUGAAGUUCAGCUGUAUGUGAUGAAUUUCAUGAAGUACUUGGUAUACAUAAUCUACCUACGUUUUUUCAAUUCAUAAUUGGAAGACGUCAUAGGUUAUAGGGUCUGCUUAAAAAUUCAGAUGAGCUUAACGGAAAGUCAGAAGAAAAUACCAUUUAAAGGCAUAUAAGGGCUGUAGCUCAAACUUUCUAAUACAUAGAUAAAUUAGUGAGGUUUUGGGGCUUGGCUUUUGGUGUCCCUCCUCCUUGUGACAUAUCUGCCCUAAUUCUUAAAUCUAAGAAAUGAUGUUUUGAAGUAGACUUAAAAUUAAGGAUUAUCACUUAAUUUUGCAUUUGUAUCAAUGUUAUGAGUAAGGUUAAUAAAGUUAAAUAAUGCUUUCUACCAUA